AUGACGAUCGAAGUUUUCCCUGACAGCCCCAGCCGGAUCUCCUUCUCCUACGACCUCUCCCAAUCCGACGACGUCGUUCCGGUAGAGGAGCACAUCAGAACGACGUCGUCCUCCGCCAUUGAUUUCGACUUCUGCGUUUUCCGUGAGAGCUUCGAUCGCGAAUCCUCCACCGCCGAUGAGCUCUUCUUCAACGGUCAGAUCCUCCCCAUCGAGAUCAAAAGAAGGCUCUCGCCGCCGCCGCAACCUCAGCCUUCCCCGGCGCCACGGCCUCCUCCUCCGCCGCCUCCUCCACGGCAGCCGACGCCGCCGAAGAAUGCGAAUGCCGCCGCCGCCGCCGCCGCCGAUUCACCGGAAGAGAAGCAGCGAUCAUUCUGGCGGUUCAAGCGGAGCUCGAGUCUCAACUGCGGCAGCGGCUACGGCCGGACGCUCUGCCCGCUGCCAUUGCUGUCGAGGAGCAACUCCACGGGGUCUUCCGCCGCCGCCGCCCGAUCAGCGAAUAAUCCAAAGUUUGGGUUUCUCAAGCCGUCGUCGCAAAAGAAGAGUCCAUUCAGCCGGUCGCCGUUGAAGCGGACCGGCCAUCGAUUUCCGGCGAGUAGCGCCGGCGUGAAAUUCAGCCCUGUAUUGCACGUGCCGUCGGCGAAUCUCUUCGGCCUGGGAUCGAUCUUCUCCACUGGCACAAGUACCAGCAAGAAGAAGCAAUGA